AUGAUANAGAACACAUCAGAUCCAUUGGAGCUGGUGAAGACAGCGUUUAACGCGACAAUGAAACAGAUAACUGGCGUGGCGAAGAAGUCACAANCUUCCCCGCCAAACCUCAUAAAACAAAAACUCACACUCCUAAAGAGGCUACGCAAGNUGCAGAAGGAUCCGAGGACGAAAAUGGCGUUGGAUCAAUGCAAGGAGCUAAUGGAUUACGCAAUCGGUGAGCUUAGCAAGUCGUUUGAGGAGUUGGGGAGGUUUGAGUUUCAUAAGGUUGACGAGGCAUUGGUUAAGCUGAGAGUUUGGCUUAGCGCAACGAUUAGUCAUGAGGAAACUUGUCUUGACGGGUUUCAAGGGACGCAAGGGGAUGCAGGUGAGACGAUUAAGAAGGCAUUGAAAACCGCUGUGCAGUUAACGCACAACGGGCUUGCAAUGGUCACCGAGAUGUCGAAUUAUUUAGGGCAAAUGCAAAUUCCGGAGAUGAAUAGUCGCAGGCUUCUGUCCCAAGAGUUCCCUUCGUGGAUGGAUGGGCGAACGCGUAGGCUUUUGAACUCUCCUAUGUCCGAGGUUAAGGCAGAUAUCGUAGUGGCUCAAGAUGGAAGCGGACAGUAUAAGACGAUCAACGAGGCAUUGAAUCAUGUCCCCAAGAAGAAGAACACGACUUUUGUGGUUCACAUUAAAGGUGGAAUCUAUAAAGAGUACGUUCAGGUGAACAGAAGCAUGACACAUCUUGUUUUCAUCGGUGAUGGUCCUGACAAAACUGUCAUUUCCGGCGACAAAAAUUACAAGGAUGGUAUUACCACCUACAGAACCGCCACCGUUGCAAUCGUUGGAGACCAUUUCAUUGCCAAGAACAUGGGGUUUGAGAACACGGCAGGGGCAAUAAAACAUCAAGCGGUAGCGAUUAGAGUUCUAUCAGAUGAAUCGAUAUUCUACAACUGUAGAUUCGAUGGUUACCAAGACACUCUGUACGCACAUUCCCACCGUCAGUUUUACCGGGAUUGUACUAUAUCGGGCACCAUCGAUUUUCUCUUUGGAGACGCAGCUGCGGUAUUCCAAAAUUGUACUUUAUUGGUAAGAAAGCCACUCCCGAACCAAGCAUGUCCCAUUACCGCCCACGGACGUAAAGAUCCGCGUGAAUCCACAGGAUUCGUGCUCCAAGGGUGUACGAUUGCUGGCGAACCGGAUUACUUGACAGUCAAGGAAACCAGCAAAUCUUAUCUUGGAAGGCCAUGGAAAGAGUAUUCAAGAACUAUCUUCAUGAAUACGUUCAUCCCGGAUUUUAUUCCGCCGGAAGGAUGGCAACCAUGGCUUGGCAAUUUUGCCCUUGAUACACUCUUCUACUCAGAGGUACGGAACACUGGACCGGGUGCAGGUGUCACAAAACGAGUUACUUGGCCCGGAAUCAAGAAGUUGAGUGAAGAAGAAAUCCUUAAAUUCACUCCAGCUGAAUACAUUCAAGGUGACGCUUGGAUUCCAGGUAAAGGUGUUCCGUACAUCCCAGGUCUUUUCCCUGGAAACAGCUCAGGAACCGAUCCAAGUGAACUGGACUCCGCAAAUUCUACAACAACUGGCUCCAACACAACAGAGUCAUCAGAUUCGCCAUCAACGGUAACGUCUCCUUCAAAUUCUCCACCAGCUGGUCAUCUUGGUUCCCCACCAGCUACACCUUCAACUGUAGUGUCUCCUUCAGCUUCACCACCUGCUGAUUAUCAGGGUUCCCCAUCAACUUCACCUUCACCUUCACCUUCUCCUUCAGUUUCUCCAUCAGCUUCUCCAUCAGCUUCUCCUUCAGUUUCUCCUUCAACCUCCCCAUCUGCUUCUCCUUCAGCUUCACCAUCAACUUCUCCAUCUGCUUCACCAUCAGAUUCCCCAAAAAGCUCGGUUUGAGAUGGAUUCAAAAGACCAGGUCUAACUAGAGAUCGAGUGCUUUCUACUCGUAAACUUUUUUUUGGUUUUGAUAUUUUGGCUAACCUUUUGAGGACAUCAGGUUCAGCAUUAUUGGUGUACCAAGUUAAUGAGGUUAUCACUAGCUUUGUAAAUUCAUGUUAACUCGCCAUGCAUGUAUCUAUAUACUGUAAUUAUCUUUUCUAUAUAAAAUUAAUUAGUACAUCAUCUUGUAUAAAUGGGAGGGUUUUUAUU